AGGGGCCCCGGGGAGGUUAGGGGUCUAGAGGGCCCGGGUGGGAGCGUACCGGGGGAGGUCAGGGGUCGGGCGCGUGCCCCCCCGCCCCUCCCGGGCCUGCAUGGGGCUCCCCAGCCUGCGGGCGGCGGCCUGGGCCCUGAGGAGAGCCUGCGGACCGUGGACCCCUCGCCUGGGACCGCGCCUCCUCUGUUUGCCCCCCAUGGCAGGGAAUGGGGACACCCCCAUGCCCGUGGGGACCAAGCAGGAGCAGGACAGGAAGGCCCGGCGUGGCUGGCAGGGCACGGCCAGGAUCUGGGAGGAAACAGAGCAGCAGGCGAAAAAGCUCAAGAGCAGCGAGGACGGGGAGCAGCCCAGGAAGCUGCCCAAGCGGAAGAUCGUGCUGCUCAUGGCCUAUUCCGGGAAGGGCUACCACGGCAUGCAGAGGAAUGUUGGGUCCUCGAAAUUCAAGACCAUCGAAGAUGACCUGGUGUCCGCCCUGGUUCGGUCGGGUUGUAUUCCUGAGAAUCACGGGGAGGACAUGCGGAAGAUGUCCUUCCAGCGCUGCGCCCGGACGGACAAGGGUGUGUCUGCGGCCGGCCAGGUUGUGUCCCUGAAGGUGUGGCUGAUUGACGGCCUUUUGGAAAAGAUUAACAGCCACCUUCCGUCUCACAUUCGGAUACUGGGACUGAAGAGGGUCACGGGCGGCUUCAACUCCAAGAACAAGUGCGACGCCAGGACCUACUUCUACAUGCUACCCACGUUCGCCUUCGCCCACAAGGACCACGACGCGCAGGACGAGACGUACCAGCUGCGUGCGGAGACGCUGGGGCGCGUGAACCGGCUCCUGGCCUGCUACAGGGGCACCCACAACUUCCACAACUUCACCUCACAGAAGGGGCCCCGCGAGCCCAGCGCCCGGCGCUACAUCCUCGACAUGUUCUGCGAGGAGCCCUUCGUGCGCGAAGGCAUGGAGUUUGCGGUGAUCAAGGUCAAGGGCCAGAGCUUCAUGACGCACCAGAUCAGGAAGAUGGUGGGGCUGGUGGUGGCCAUCGUCAAGGGCUACGCGCCCGAGAGCGUGCUGGAGCGCUGCUGGGGGGAGGCCAAGGUGGACGUGCCCAAGGCGCCGGGGCUCGGCCUGGUCCUGGAGCGGGUGCACUUCGAGAAGUACAACCAGCGCUUCGGCCACGACGGGCUGCACGAGCCGCUGGACUGGGCGCGGGAGGAGGCUGAGGUCACGGCCUUCAAGGAGCAGCACAUCUACCCCACGAUCAUCAGCACCGAGCGCCACGAGAGGUCCAUGGCCCAGUGGCUGAGCACCCUGCCCAUGCAUGACUUCAGCGCCACUGCCCACGCGGCCAGCAGCCCGGGAACUAAGGUCCCCCGCCCCCUGGAAGGCAGCGACGGGGACGGGGACAGUGACUGAGCUGGCCCACGACGUGCACGCUGGGACCCGCCGGCCCGCUGCCGGCGGCGUGCCUCGCCCGGACG